ACCUAUUGUUGAGGCUGGGGGACAUAUGGUGAUUUCUGAAGGUUCAUUGAUGCAAGAAGUAUAUACUUAUCCAAGGACAAAUUUGGAAAAUACUCCUAUUUCCCAUAGCACUCGAAUUUAUAGUGGAGCUAAUAACCAUAACACUAUUCAGGAGUUUGUAAUUGAGAAAGAAUAUCAUGUAGAGCUUCUUGGCCAUAUUUUUUAUGACAAGGAAUUAAUAGUUAGAUACAAAACAGAUGUUGAUAGCAAAAGGGUUUUCUAUUCUGACUUAAAUGGGUUUCAGAUGAGCCGGAGAGAAACCUAUGAUAAGAUCCCCUUGCAAGGAAACUACUACCCCAUGCCUUCUCUUGCAUUCAUUCAAGGAUCUAAUGGCAAGAGGCUCUCUGUCCAUUCUCGACAAUCUCUAGGCGUUGCAAGCCUUAAAGAUGGAUGGUUAGAGAUUAUGCUUGAUCGUCGUUUAACGAACGAUGAUGGACGUGGCCUAGGCCAAGGAGUAAUUGAUAAUCGUCCAAUGAAUAUAAUUUUCCAUUUUCUUAUGGAAUCCAAUGUUUCUUCUACUUCUGAUCCUAUAUUAAACCCCCUUCCUCUUAGUCCCUCUCUUCUUUCUCACUGUGUUGGUGCCCAUUUAAAUUAUCCAUUACAUACAUUCAUUUCUAAAAAACCACAAGAAGUUUCCCUUCAGCCGCCUCCAAGAUCCUUUUCCCCUUUAGCUUCUCCCUUACCAUGUGACUUGCAUAUUGUGAAUUUCAAGGUUCCCCGACCAUCGAAAUAUUCUCAACAGCCAGUAGAAGAUCCUAGGUUUGUUAUAAUUUUACAAAGAAAAAAAUGGGAUUCUUCCUAUUUCCGAGAGUCCAUAUUAGGAUGCACUAGCAUUGUUAAUGAGUCUGUAAAUCUACUCUCCAUCUUCAAGGACCUUACAGUGUCGAAAAUAAGAACAACUUCUUUAAAUCUUUUACAUGAUGACAUGGAGAUGCUUGGGUAUGUUGAGCAGUCAAGAAACAUCCAGGAUGGACAGACUAUGAUUUCUCCCAUGGAAAUACAAGCAUACAAGUUGGAGUUACAACCACAUCACUAAAUGUAAAAUUAUUUAAAUUCAUUAGGAUUCAUUUGUUGUUUGUCAUAGCUUUCAUUUUUUUUCUUUUUCUUCUAAUAGAAUUAACGUUUAUGAUCAAAUUAGUCUCUCUUUUAGGAAAAGAGUUUAGGAUAUGGUGAAUUUUAAAGAAGCAUAGUUCACUCAUAGGAGGUUAAGAAUCAAGUUUGUAUCCAUACUAUUACUUUUACUUGGAAUGUAUAUACAAUUAAUUAUCAUUUCAUGCAUGUUUGAAAAUUAUUUUUCAAAAGUUGUAUGUUUUGGCCCAGUCAAUAAAUAUAUCAUUAUCAAUAGUGGCAAAGAACAUGUUCUGGGUUGAUUUUGCUGCGUAUUUGAUGGUGUAAAAUUUCUAUACAUGGAUAGCUUACUCCACCCAACUAUUACCUUAUCUAUCCUACUUACUAACCCACUU